AUGGAACCGACUUCGCCGAUUGUAAGGAGUGAUUAUCUCUUCAGAACCUACUGGCUCUACUGGCGAAUUCUCUGCGUUGAAGGCGAUUAUCCACUUCGAAUUGUGCUGGACAUUCUUAUUAGCUUCUUCGUCACCUUCUGGUGUCCAACGCAUCUAGUUAUAGGCCUCUUUUCGGAAAGAUCCUUGGCAAACAUCUUUAGAAAUCUUCCAAUUACGGCAUCAUCUUUUUGCAGCAGCUUCAAGUUCAUUUGCUUUCGCUGGAAGCUCUGGGAAAUAAAGAAAAUCGAGAGUUUGUUUACCGAGUUGGAUCAUCGAGCUGUGAGUGAGGAAGAACGCUUGUACUUUGAUCGCAACACCCGAAAGGAUUCGGAAAUUAUUUGGAAGAGUGUUCUCGUAGCCUACGGAUCUGCCAAUUUAGCGGCAAACUUAACUGUUCUUAUUACGAAUGUACUUAUUCCGGCUUGGUUUCCCUACGAUGUUAAUGGCUCUGCCUUUAACCACUGGCUCAGUGUUCUCUACCAAUCGAUCUCAGGAGGUCUCUCAACUCUGGAAAAUCUGGCCAACGACUCCUAUACUCCCAUGGCAUUUUGCGUACUCGCCGGACAUCUCGGGCAAUUCGUGAACAGCGGAAUAAAUAUCGCCAGUGUGCUAAUCUAUAUUCUGUUCUUUGCCGAAAGCACUUUUGUGAGCAUCUGCUAUGCUGUGUACUUUAUAUCAAUGGUUUUGGAGCUUUUUCCAAGCUGUUACUACGGAACCUUGGUGACCAUGGAGUUCAAUGCCCUGCCCAAUGCCAUUUUCUCGAGCAACUGGAUUGGAAUGGAUCGCAAGUUCAUCCGCGACAUGGUGGUACUCACGGAGAUGAUGCAAAUAGAGGUGGAAAAUUGA